GGUAACAAUAUCAUUAGACACCUAGGGGCACGCCGUCAGGACGCCGUCGAGGCCCUUCUUGCGCGGCGGCGCCUUCGCGUCCUCCGCCAAAUCCUUCGCCGGGUAGCCGUACCAGAUCGCGCCCAUGAGCUUCUCGCCCGCGGGCGCGCCGACGGCCGCCAUGACGUCCUCCGGCGCGGCGCCGAGCGCGCCCGUCAUCCACUUGCUGCCGAUGCCCUCGCCGGCGAGCGAGAGCAUGAAGUUCUGGAUGGCGCAGGCGCAGGCGGCGUGGUCCUCGAGGCCGAGCUUCUCCGACAAAUCGUGCUCGGAAGCGCAGGUGACGACGAGCCACUCCGGCACGCCCUCGGCGGCCUUGCGUUUCUCCUCGUUGAGACCGCACAACUUGGCUUUGGUCUCCGGGCCUGUGCGUAAAGCAACCAGUGAGACAACCACGCCGUCGAGCAGACGUCGCGUCGAUGGCGUGCAGGACACUGCAUCUGACCGGCGGUGUAGAAGCGCCACGGCUCCGACAAGAAGUGGUUCGGCGCCUGGAUCGCUGCCUCCAGCGCUUUGGUCGUCGCGUCCGCGGGAACCGCUUUGUCCGAGUACUUGGCUACGCUGCGGCGUGCCUUGAGGGGGUUGAGAGCCCCGACGCCAGCAAAAACAAGUGCCAAAGCGGUGGUCUUCAUCGUUUAUGCAAGUGUGCAAGCUAUUAUAUGUACAGGUUGCAAUUUGAGAGCGUGUGGCAAGUUGAUUAUUGCCCUUGCUGG